GAGCUGGAGCCACGGCAAUCGCAACGCAAGGCAUAAUUUUACUCUCUAGCAGAAGAAGCCGUUGACGUUAUUUUCACACGCCUGCCGAAAACCCCUGCACGUGGUGGAAUGGCUCCCCAGCUGCCUGCGUCAGGCCCUUUUCCUUCUUCAGGCGGCAGUCAACCUGCUGGAAGACUCCUGAUGCUCGGAGUUCUUGAGCAUCGGCGGUUUAGCACGGCGAUGUGGUCGAUGCUGAUGCUUCUGUCGUUCAUCAUGGUGGUCCACAACCUGGUGCUUCAGACGUGGGGCAUCGGUACCUUCCCUUCUAUAACGAGGCGGAUAGAAGCGCAGGGCGAACAAGGCUUCUACAGAUCCACCCCGCUGUUCGACGCCGAGGGUAAACCGUCCUUCUUGGCCUACGCCCGAACGCCGGCGGGAAGGUUCAUGCACAUCCUCCCCGCUGGACUCUGGAGCGUGAUCGCUCCGUUGCAGCUCAACCCGUCCUUCCGAGCGAAGCACCGCGCGGCCCACCGCAGGCUUGGCCGCCUGUUCAUCUUCAUGAGCGUCAGCAUUUCCCUCGGGCUCGUCCCUCUUGUCCUCGGCGUGGCCCCCACGACUACGGCGACGGGAGAUUCACGGGGCGGAAGGGGGGCGCUCCUCUUCGCGGGGUACUUCCUGGUAACGGGCUUACUAGCAGUUCAUCACGCAAGAAACAAGCGUUUUGCCGAUCACAGGGUCUGGAUGCUACGACACGUGGCAAUGGGAUACUCGGUGCACAUGCAGCGCCUUCUCGGCCACCUGACCUGGUGGAUCUUCCCCUUGUUGAUGCCCGGGUACACUGACCUCACGAAUGACGGGAUGGAAUUACGUGCUCGCGUGUUCGCGUUGUAUUUUGUUGCGGGCGUUGUCCUGACGGUGGGGCCAAUGGAGGUGUGGCUGCGGCACACGUUGCCUUCCGGAAAAGUAUUGCGAGCGGGGCAAGAGCCAGGGCUCUCCAUCAAGGACUCGUGACGCAUCACACCUUAAUUAACUGUACACGUAUUCGCGGCAACCAUGGCCGUUAAACCGUCCCGAGCCACACUCAAUGGCCGAACGAAUCCUCGCCAAGCGACGUGAACCCCACAAUACCGCGGUUCAGCUUGGCAUGUCAAUAUUCCGCCGCAAUCUUAGAGACAUCGAUUUCACGAAUCUGGCUUCCAGCAAUUUCUGGGUGCAGCUGUCCUGCGACGGUAGAGUUUCGGCGGCCAGAACCAUACAUCGUUAAGUACCCGACUUGCAGAGAUGUGAAGGUUUCACCGGCUGGCAGGAACCGAUCGAUCUGUGAGGCACGAUGAAACGGACACAUAUAUUUACCCACUAGCGGGCGACAUGAAAACGCUCGACGGACGAGCAGGGCAUGCCCAAACUGCCGCAAGUAUUAGGAAAGGGUUGACCUAGCUCCUAGAUUAAAACCAAAGCCCUCAUGGCUUGUCUUCCUGGCGUAGACCAACCGUAGUAGGCAAAUCCAAACAUGCAUGCAUGCGUGAAUCGAUGCAAGGUUAGAUAUUCAAGCUGUGUUCUGUUGCAUGCUUCCAGAAUCGUAAUGAGCACCCUAGGAGGCUCGAGAGCAUGGUGUUGCAGAAAUCUUUGCCAUCGAUGCUUGUCAGCUUACCAGUACCGUCUUAUGAACACUUGGGAUUGGCUGUUGCUGGGUUUAUGUGGUUCCGUGAUGUCCAUGAAGUAAGUGUCCCAUGCCAUCCUCUCUCUCUCUCUGCAUUCUCGGUCUACUGAUGAUCUGAGGUGGUCAUGCUCUGCUUUCUUC